GGAUUUUUAUGGUGGUGGGUAGUUCAAACGGUAGAGAAACUUUGGUCGAACAAAUGCUCGAUUCUCUUUCGUCUACUGCGGAAAAUUUAUCGUCCAUAGAGGCUUUCAAUGUAAAAGAAAUAGCUCCUGAAAGCAAUGUGAAGAAGUCGGUCUUACCACUUGAUCUUGUCGACAGUGAAUUAAGUGAUGAGUGUGAUAACAAUGUUGAUUCUCCACCUUCAAAUCAAAUACAUUCAUUUGAUGAAAAUAAUGAGUUAUGGACUAUUAAAGAUGAUAUUGAAGAAACAAAAGAAAAAGUUGGUCGCUGGACACUUAGCUCUGGUGCAGCUAAAAAGGUAUCUAAAAGUAAAUCUGGCGGGCGCAAAAUAAGUCAUUCUAAAUCAACUAACAUAGAAGAAGAAAGACUUCAAAUCCAUAGUGAAUCACAACGACUUGUACGAGAAGCUGAUGUACAUUUACCAGUUCAUAGACCUAAACAAUUUAAAUGUUUCAGUGAGUUUCGUCAGUCUCUAAAAGGUUGCAAGUCAAAUGAAACCAAAGGUCAUGAAACCUCAUCUCAGAAUAAAUUACUUUCCGAUUGUAACGCUCAUCUUCCUCCAAUUCCAGGACAAUCUACCCAAGAUAAAGAGACUGAAAAUAAAAUGGAUACCAAACCAUUCGUCUCACAAUGCUGUUCAGCCGACUAUCCUGUCGAUAUUGAUUGCACCACUUUGGAACCACCAUCAAUGUCAUCUGAUGCCAAACCAUCACUCGAUGUUACAAGCGAACCAGAUAAUAUAACCAGUCUGUUACCUCGCCUUGCUGCGAGAAAAUUGAAAAAUGAUGAAAGUGAAGAAUUUUUCAUAGAUCUAGGUGAAUCAAUCCCUACUCCAAUGUCAUCUGUAACUCCUAGUCAAUUAUUGGCUCGUUUAAAAUCUCAUCUUCACGUGUCUCAUGAAAAAGUUGUACGUGGACCCAUCCAAUAUUCAAUCAUAACAAAGGUACAAAGCACUGACGCUGAACGUGAAGAACUACAGGUAGAAACAGUUACACAUGAACCAUCCAAAGGAUUAUCAACAACUAUGUCAGUUAGUAGAAAACAUUGGUUGGAACACAGAAAAGUUCUCGAAGAAAAAAUGCGUCAAAAAAGACUAGAGCAGUAUGAAAUGCGGUUAAAGGAAGAGGGUACAUGUCCAAAGUCAACAAGUGAAAAUACUGGGGAAGUAUCCAAUAGUGACGAAGAAUGGUCAGAAGGGGAUGUAAACGAUAGUGAAAUAUCUGAUGGAAACUCAACUACCGAGGAAGAAAGUAGCAGUGAUGGUGAAAGCGAAGAAGAAGAAGAAGAGGGAAGUGAGUCACUUGACGACGAUGAGGAAGAUGACAAUGUAGUGGUUGGUAGUAAAAAGGCUUCAAGACAGCGUCCUUGUCUCUUUGCUGACGAUGAAGCAGAAGAAAGUGAAAAUGACGAAGUAUUUUCAGAGGCCAGUGAUCUUGAAGAUGAAGAGGCUCUAACGUGUAAGGAUCCUGAGGAUAUAAAACAAGACAAAUCUUGCAGUAAAACUAUUAGUGUCAAUAAUCUAAACAUAGAUUUUGGAAAAAAUAUUGUCAGGUCUCACACCCCUCAGAAACAACAUCUGCAGUUGGAUGAUUUCACAGAUCUACCACAGGAAACCGCAGGGUUUAAACUUUUUCCAUCUUGCAAUAAUGGUUACAGUUUAAGUCUUCCGCAAAGACAUCAUCACGGAACUCUAGGUCCUGCUGAUAUAGACCUUUUCGCAUCUGAAUGUUCUAGUAUUCUAGACAGAACUAUGAAUCCUCAGUCUAUAUUGGCCUCUACUCGUUUAGAUGCAACUACCAUCGGUGACGAAAACAAGUCUCGAUUUACCCGUAAUUCAUCUUCUCAUAGUCAAUGGAAUAAUACACCUUAUGAAUUACUGUAUUCUCAAAAGCCAAACAGUCAAUUGCUAGCUUCCAGAUCAGAGUCUAUCACUCAAGAGUCCACUGAUGACAAUCAUAUAAUGACGUCUAACCCUCAUAAUAUAUCAUCUCAGGACACGGUCUUAUUAUCUCAAGAACCAACUCAACUGACAUCUCAACUAGAUCCUACGAUUAUAAUACCUGAGGAAACGAAUCCAAGUCUUCAAUCACAAGUUCUUCACGAAAACCGUCGUCAUCUGUUCGGUGAAUCAGUGAGUGACCAGUCAGGAUUGUUUGUGGACAUCCUUACAAAGUCAAGUGUCGAAAACAGUAAUGCUGAUUCUCAGGUUCACCAUGAAAAUCGUCGCAAUCUCUUCGGUGGAUCGAUGUGUGACAAAUCUCAAGUAGUUAUGGAUCCGGUCACAACUAAAUCCUUUGAUGAGAAUGAUGAUAUAGAUUCACAGGUUCUCCAUAACGAUCGUUGUAAUCUUUUUGGAGGAUCAAUCAGUAACCAAUCACAAGAACUUAUCGAUGAGACUACAAAAUCAAUCACAGGUAUUCAUGUAACAGAUUCCCUAACUAAUCACGAUAAUCAUCGUAUUUUGUUUGGAGGAUCAAUAGGUACUCAAUCGCAAGCUUUCAUGGAUUUGGCUGAUGAUAAUGAUCUGGAUUCUCAGAUUCAACAUGAAAAGCAUGGUAAUCUAUUCAGCGGAUCAAUAUGUAUCCCGUCACAAGAAUCAACAAAUGAAGUGAAAAACUCAAUUAUCAAUAGUAAUAAUUCAGAUCCUCAUGAAAACUGUCGUAAUCCAUUUGGCGAGUCUACAUGUGACCAAUCACAAGGCUUUGUCAAUGAAAGUGUAAAGCCAGCUGUAAAUAAUCAUGAUGAUCCAGACUUUCAGGAAUCUGAGCACCCUAUUUCUGUGUUUACGACUCAAAAUUCAUCUCGUCGACGAAUUUUAGUUUUUGAUGAAGAUGAUGAAGAAGAAGGGAAUGAAGAAAAGAAGGAUAAUAGCUGUAUUGAACCAGCUUCACUCAUACGGAAUAAUCCUUUUAAGUCCACAUCAGAAUCUAAUUUUACUGGUGACAAUUUGCCAGAAGUACUCCAUACAGAUGAUAAUGUGGAAUUAGAGGAUAAGAGCUCAAGUGUUGAUGAAUCAGAUGAUCAUACUAUUGAAGCAGGUGAUGAUGAAGAAAAUAUUGAUCCUGAUGAUAUAACUGACGAAGAUAAUGGCAGUGAUGAUGACGAGUCCUCGGAAAGAGAUGAAGAGGAAGAAAAAGACAAUUAUCUUGACGAUGAAGAGGAAGUUCAACGUCUAACUAUACAGUCGAAUGAAAUUAAAAAAAAGAAAAAAUUUCGUAUAAAUGACUUUGUGGAUGAAGAAGCCGAAUUGUCUGGUGAUGAAAAUGAACGAGCAUAUUUCAUGGACGAUGAAGAUGAAUUAGAUCCCAAUGAUGAUGCUAAUGAAGAAUUCGCUGACUUAAUUGACGAAGAUGAUUCAGAUAUUCCAUCAGCUGGUCGUUUAAGACGUCAAAUUGAACGUGUACACCACCGCCUUCAAACUGAUCAAGAUCUACGUGAAAUACGUUAUCUAAAGGAACUUUAUUUUGAAGACGGUGAUUUACAUGCUGAAAAUGGACGAGUUCGUCAGAGACGUUUUCGUUGGCGCGGUUUAGAUAAUGAUGAUCCAUUUACUGAUCAAAUAAACAUGGAUAAUAGUGGUGAUGAUGAUAAUUCAAGUGAAGAUGAAAAACAUGGUAUACCUUUUGGUCCUAUAGACAAUUGGUUACGUCGUGGUCCAAUGAAAUCCUCGAAUGAUGAGAAUAAUCAAUCCAUUGAAAAUGAUGAUUUAGAUUCUGACACAGUACAUUCAUCAUCUAAUAAACAAACAAAUGAUAAAGAUCCUAAUGAUUCAGUAUUAGAAUCUGAUGAAGAAAUAGAAAAUUCGAAGAUAGUAACUGAUGAUUUAUCAAAUGGUGUUUUAUCUUUAGGAAAAAAGGCUUUACUAAGAUCUCAAACGAAGUUGAAAACUCAAAUAGUUGUACGUAAUAAGUUACCAGUCAAUCGUGGAAAGACCAAACCGUCGUCUACGCUUAAAAGCCCAUUGAUCUCUAAUUAUUUCUUGCAACCCAAAUCUCAUAAUCUACCUAUUAAUGAAGGUGUUACUAAUGAUACAGAUAAUAAUAGUAAAGUUGACAAUGUUAUCAUUCCUAAUAAUAAUAAUGAUAAACCAAUUGCUCCUGUGAAAUUAGAUGUUAACAAUACUGGUAGUGAUGUAAGGCUUCAAAUGAUCAGACGUGGUUCUCUAUUGAGUCGUUUUGCUGGGGGCCUCUUUCCUGGUUGUAAAUCUGAAACUACCCAGAUUCAUUCAAAUGUUAACGAUGGUUUCGAUGUCGGUACGUCAAAAAAGGAAAGUCGUCGCGACCAAACACAUCUAGAUUUACGGAGCAAGGUCGGUCUAUCGUGCUUUAGUGUUAUGACGGCUCAAAUUAAGCCAGAAAAAAUCGACUCAUUUGAUGAUAACGGUGCAUCUAACCAGAAUUCUCUAAGAUCCCGUAAUUUCGCCAUUAAGCAAAAACGACCAGUUGAUGUGAUUAAACCUAAUUCUGUUUUGUUAAGUCCUCCAAGUUUGAAACGCCAUCGAUCUACUAGUGUGUUUACUGCUCUUCUGUGAAUAAUCUUCUACUCUGUCUUGUUUAGUAAACUGUAAAGAUUUAUUUGAAAAAGCCUUUCAUGUUUUAUAUAUUCCUUUGCUGUAGUUAAUAAAUUCAUGUACUAUAAGGUUUGUUUAAAUCAAUGUUAUCUUUCUGUAUAUUGAGAACACUAAAAUGUGUUAUGUUUUUAUCAUGUG